GUACCAGUUUGCGAGAUGAUUCUGUAUUAUUAUCCACUUACAUAGUGCCCAGGAUCCCUGACUUCACAGUGAGCUGGUGGCGGUAUACGCGUGCAUGACAUCGAAAGAGAAGAACUAGACGUCUUGGUAUUGAACGCCCACUUACAUCCGUAGCAACACCCGGGCUGAGAAAUGGGCAACUUCCGGCUGCACCCACACGAGCUAGUUUUGCCAUUGCUGCUUUUUGUUAGCCUGGGUCAUUUUCCCCGACCAGCAAGUUCAGACUCCAGACACCUUGUGUGUACCCGUGGUAAGCUGGAUCACAAAGAGACCCUGGAGAAUGGAGAUGAGGGUAACAUCACGUCAUCCGGCUACCCCCAUACCUACUCUGUGCACGUGUAUCAGGGGGACAACUGUCAAAUCGUCCUAAGCGCCUGUCCCUCUUGUCAAAUUAGAUUCAGUCUGGCGGUAAUUAAAUUCCCGGAUUGCACCACGGAUCCAAGUUCUGUGCCUUUAUCCGAAGAUAAUCCUUGUGUACCAGGGUGUGAUUACCUGCUUCUAGAAGAUGCUAAUCCGCCUUACAGUGAUCAUAGUCGGAGAUACUUUCUGUCACGUGACCAGAGUCGCACUUUUACCUCUCUCUCACGGGAAGUUAAACUCACCCAUUGUAUGUCCGGCAAGACGUCCUCUAACGGCAAAUCGUUCAGGCUGCUUUAUCGGGUAGUAGAGAAAUGGAAGAUUUAUCGCGGAUCCCCAGAGUCCAAGUCUUACCCUGGUGGAGUGCUAACGUCACCUAACUUCCCUCACGGGUACGCUCUUACUGGAGAUGUCUACACCUACUACUUGGAAAACACGAAGAAAAGCGGUGGAAUUAGGCUUGUGUUUGACGACUGGGAAGUGGCACCACAAAGUAAAGUCAUGGUUUACGACGGAAUGGUUAAAAACGGAAGUGGAACUUUAUUGGAGCGUUUUACACGACCCGUUUUCCGGUCUAAUACAAACAAGAUAUACAUCAAGUUUUAUACAGGCACCAAUUUAUACUCGUGUUGUAAACACAUUGGCUUUAAGGCAUCCUUCCGGUUCUCAGCAGAUCCAGAGUGGCCAGAGGAACCAAGCACUGACUGCAGUUCGACGCGUGCCAUGAAAGGAGGGGGGAUAACUCGAUUCCAGGGAUCUUCAUUCAACCUCCCUCACUAUUAUGACUGCCUGUGGAUUAUCAAGCGUUUUGACAAUGAGAAUAAUCCGGACGGUGCAGUGCUACAGCUGAGGGUGGUCGAGCCUGGGAAAGGUAUGCAAGAAGAGAAAGAUAGCAGGUUAGAGAUCCACGAGGGCACCUCGUCCGUGUCCCCUUUGCUGGCCUCCUACAACCCCAGUAACAUCACCCAGGAGGUGUCAUGGUUCACCCAGGGGGAGGGCUUCUACGCCAGACUGACCGGAACCUUCUACGCCUCAGAUAAAGUAGUCUUUGUCUUCGCCGCAGUCUUCAACGCAACCAAUGGUCAAUGCCCACCGCACUACUUUCUGUGUCACAAUGAUCUGUGCAUCGAUGAGGAGCUGGUGUGUGACGACAUCGACCAUUGCGGAGAUCACUCCGAUGAGAGCCCCGCCCAACAGUGUGCACCUGAGCGUGCGAUCAAGGGAAGUAACUUCAAAGCCAGUCGCGAACGUUGA